GUGCUCGGAAGGUGGGUUUCUGGGGAGAGUAGGGCCGCUUGCGCCCAAGAAAACCCUCGGCAUCUCCGAGGAGGCCGCGGGCCCGCCUACUUCCGGUAAAAGGGAGGGGCGGGCAGACGCGGCGGCAGCGGCCGCCAUGGCACCCGGGUCCUCUGAGCGCCUGCCCUCCCCUCCAGAUCCGCCCGCGCUGGCCCACCAUGCCCCUCAGCCCCUCCCGGCGCCUCCUCCUGGCCGCGCUGCUGCUGGUGAUCGCCUGGACCCUCUUCGGGCCCUCGGGCGUGGGUGAGGAGCUGCUGAGCCUCUCGCUGGCGUCCCUGCUCCCCGCCCCCGCCGCCUCGGGUCCCCCGCUGGUGCUCCCCCGCCUCCUGAUCCCCAACCGCGAGGUCUGCGGCGGCCCCGGGGCCCCGCCCUUCCUGCUGAUCCUGGUGUGCACAGCCCCCGGGCACCGCAACCGGAGGGACGCCAUCCGGGCCACGUGGGGCGGCCAGCGCCAGGCACGGGGGCUCCGGGUGCAGACACUCUUCCUGCUAGGGGAGCCCCAGGGGCAGCACCCCGCCGGCGGCACCCAGGGAGACCUGGCCCGGGAGUCGGCAGCUCAGGGUGACGUGGUGCAGGCCGCCUUCCGGGAUGCCUACCGCAACCUCACCCUCAAGACCCUCGUGGGGCUAGAAUGGGCCAGCACACACUGCCCCGAGGCCCGCUAUGUCCUCAAGACAGACGAUGACGUGUAUGUCAACGUCCCCGAGCUAGUGUCGGAGCUGAUCCGGCGAGGGGGCGCCUGGGAGCCACCCAAGAGGAACAGAGAGGUGGCUGCCUGGGAGCAGCGGAAGGGCAAGACUGCGGGGGGUCGGCCAGUGCCGCUUCUGUACCUGGGCCGGGUACACUGGUGGGUGAGGCCUUCGCGGGCACCAGGAAGCCGCCACCUGGUAUCAGAAGAGCAGUGGCCUCCCACCUGGGGCUCCUUUCCGCCCUAUGCCUCCGGUACGGGGUACGUGCUGUCAUCAUCCGCUGUGCAGCUCAUUCUGAAAGUGGCCGCCCGGGCACCCCCGCUGCCCCUCGAGGAUGUCUUCGUGGGAGUGAGUGCGAGGCGCGGUGGCCUGGCCCCCACCCACUGUGUCAAGCUGGCAGGCGCCACCCACUAUCCCCUGGACCGAUGCUGCUACGGGAAGUUCCUGCUGACCUCGCACAGGCUGGACCCUGGACAGCUGCGGGAGGCCUGGGAGCUGGUGCAUGGGCCGGACUCAGAUAGGACUAGCCCCUUCUGCUCCUGGCUCCAGAGGGCCACGGGCAUCCUAAGGUGUCGCCUCAUGGCCUGGCUGGAGAGCUGAGUGACUGCGACCCGCUAGAUGUGGGUACAGCAAGCACCCCCAGGCCGAGGGGAGGGGCCCUGGCUGGCUAUGGCUCACCAGAGACAGAGGAAGGAGGUAGCCUGGCUUGCCCACCCGAACCCCAAAGUUGGUCUCGGAGAAGAGAGAAAUAACAUUCUCUCCAGCCAAGACUGGAGGACAACAGCCCCUCAAUAAAUUUGGUUUCCCCAACUGCA